UCUAUCUCUCUUUCUCUCUCAGCCUCCUUCAUUUCAUCACUGUCCUUGGGAAUAGAAGUCUUCCAGCAGCAUCCAGUGAGCAGGCCAGGAGCUGAGCUUUGCUGUGGGAUACUCAUCUACAUAGAGAUCUUAUAGCAGAGAUUGAAGAUGUCCUCCACUCCACUGGCCGAGGCAGAAGAGGAUGUGUUUGAUCUGACGGAGGCGGUUCCAGAGACCGAACUACUUGACAGCAGCCUACAGAAAGCCAAAGCACAACUGUCAAUCAAAACCAGGAGGCAUCGACCCUCCCGAACCCGUCUGAGAGACAGCGUGAGCUCAAUAGAUGGAGAUGACAACAUUGAUAGAAUGAGUUACGGUGGCUCCGUGCAGACCUCAUCUUCUCCAAUCCACCCUUCCUUUCGCUGCUCCUCCCCCUCUUCUGACCUGCUCCUUUCCUCCCCUUCCACACGGAGAGACCGAACCUUCACCUUUGACCCUUGCACUGUGGUUGGAGAAAGGGAAGCACAGGAUGAAAGACGGAGCUACAGGCACCUGUACACCUCCUCUCAAGAGGCUUUGCCCCUCACACCAUCUAAGUCUCCCUCCAGACCCUGCGUCCAUUCAGAGACAUCUUCCCCAGCCCAUCUUUGCCAGUCACGUGAGGGCAGCCAACCCCUUCUACACUAUGGAGAAUACUCACAGAGCGAAGACGACAGUCAUGACACAGGCCCUGAUGAACCUGAUAGUCCAACAGUGCUUCUGGACAAGAAAACCAGGCGACGUUUUCUUGAUCUGGGGGUCACUUUACGUCGCACAUAUGGAAAGGUCAGGAAAGACAGAUCCAACAGACUGUCAGCAGGAAAUCGGGAUUCAGAGAGGACAGAGAACCGAUCCUUGCGUUCUUCUGGUCCACCAUUUGUGCCUUUCUCUUGGUUAAGUGAAAGAAUACGAGGUUCGGGCUCCCCCAAGAACAACCAGUCCCCAUCCAGACCUUUCACCCAGGGCUCCAGUACUGAUGAGGACUUUGAUUCUUCAGUGGGUUUACUAGAAGACUGCAGACCCUGCAAGACUGAGUCAUCACAACCCUAUCAGACCCUCCCUGAGCAUUCAGAUGGGAAUGACUGUGACAGCAGUCGUGGCACAGAUUUCAGUUUUAAGAGGAAAAUGCUUUCUGCUGCUGGUAAAGAUAGGACGGAGCGACAGAAUGGUGUUCAUGGAAAACGGGACAGCGGGAAAAAUGGACAGGGUGAAGAUGGACAAAAAUUAUUGACCACUUGAUGGCGUUUCUGAAAGACUGAAUACAGUACGCUGCAGGUGCCAUUAUUAAUGUCAAACAUUGCGAUGGCUUUCACAAUGUAUUACUGAUGGAUAUAGUAAUAAAGGUGACUUGCAAAAUUUGUUCAUUUACAUAUAUUAUUGAAAAAAAAUGAUUCAUGAACAUGUGUGCAAUGUGUCUAAAUGUGAAAAUUAUUGUGUACGAAUGUACAUUGUUUUGUAAUUUAUUUGUAAUUUAUUGAACAUUAAUAAGAUGUCUUCAGCAUGUUUGUCAUGAAAACAUUCACAUAAAGAAUAAUUCUGACAUAUUAUUUAGAAGAAAAAAAAAAUGAGUUCAAAAUGUGCUUAAUCUGGAUUAUGGAUAACAACAGGUCCAUGAAGUUAAAAACGUUUCAAAACCAGGCUCAAGCCAGUUUGAUGACUUAAAUACACUUGACAAAAUGAAUGACAAAUUAGCAUAAUAACUCAUAUUCAUCAGAAUAUGUGGGCAUUUAUAUCUGACCUGUAUCAUUAAAUCUGUCAUUACAGAGAGAUUAGUUGAGGGGUGUUCUGGGAUGAAGACUAUGGCACGAGGAUGAAAGCAGUGUAUGGAGUGUUGUGGAAUUGUAGAAGAAGAAAAAAAUCUAUGUCAUAAAUGUGAUUUUACAGCUUUAGGCAGAACCUGGAUGAGCAAUAAGAACUUAUUCCACCCAAAGGGAUGCUGCUUUUGAAUCUAUGGGCUGACAUAUAUAGUAGCUACUGUAGUCCCGAACGAAUCACCCGAAGAGUGCUUUUAGUGAAUCAGAAUGAUUUAGCACGGCAAGUGUAACAUUACCUUAAAAAUUAUAAUUUGUCCAUCAUCGAUCUCCUGUUCCUCCUCACCCGCUGAGACAUUCGAAUCCGACAUCAAGACUCAAUAGCAAUAUCAGAAUUCUGUCAGAUUUAGCUCUACCUUUUCUGUAAAACUGAGACAAACACCGACUCUUAAAAUGUGUAUUUUUAUAUCAAAUAAAACCUCAGUGUAAAAUGAA